AUGGAUCACGUCUGGAAAGCCGAGCAUCCCAGUUUGUUCCACUUGGAAGCGAGCACGUGCUGCAAUGAAAGAACGGUUUGGUGUUUGGAUUCCAAUGAGUAUUCUGGGGUGAACGACAGGUACUUCAUAAUGGAGAGGGAAGGGGCCUCCGUCAUGGAAAGUUUCGUGGACAUCUUGGACUCCUUUAAGAAGCUGGAAGAAGUAAAUCAAUUUGCCAGGGCUCGCACCACCUCAUCAGCCGCCACACCGCUGAACUUCGAACGUUUCCUUCUUCAAUUUUUGCGGUAUUCUGGGCUUUGCAUUCGCUACAUGACCGCUGUUUCUGGGCAUGCUGUAUGGCCCGAGAGACUUUCAUUUGCCUUUGCAGAAGUGUGGCAUCAGGGAGGCACCUGGGAUGUCAGCAGCGAGCCAUUCCUGCGUGUGGCACGUUGUGGACACGUGCCUGCGCACUGUUGCCAACCAAACAUGCUGGCCUUCGGUGGGGACCUUUGGUGCUUGCACGGCUUGUGGAGACGCCAUGGUCGCUGCCGGCGGAGCCAAG